UCUGCGGAGGUAUGUUAUUACGAACGAUAACAUUUGCAUCAUCUCCGAUAGAGGGAAGGGUUUAAUUGCAGCUAUUAGGCGUUCCGGUGUGCCGUGGAGAUCCAUUUAUUGCAUUCGUCACAUUACGUCAAACUUCCAUAAAGAUUAUAAGAAUGCAGACUGGAAGAGACAAGUCGUGGCAAUGGCGUACGAGUUAGAGCCACAUAUUUUCUGGCAAAGAAUGACCCGACUUGAGAGUGAUAUGGAGGGGCAGACAAAUACAUCUUUCCAACAAUGGUUGCGCACAAUGGAGCCGUGGCAGUGGGCUCAAAGUGCUGACGAGGGCUUUCGUUAUGGCCACAUGACCACAAACUUAGUCGAGGGGAUCAACGCAGUCCUGUUGAAAACACGUCAUCUUCCGAUAGCAUCGGUAUUUUCUGCUACUUUCUACAGGCUGGCCACUUUGAUGCCAAGAAUGGGUCGGCAGCAAGUCCACCAGAUUCAGGCGGGACAUGUGUUUGUCGAAUAUGUGAGGAAUACAAUGGUCGUAAACCGUCGGUUGGCGAGGUCAAUGAACGUGGAAAUAUAUUCACGCUGACUGGAAACGUUUCGAGUUACCGAUAUCAUCGGUCGUCGACCUAGGUCCUACGGAGUUGAUCUCCGGAACAGACGGUGCGAGUGCAGGAAGUUCGAAACACUUCAUUACCCCUGUGCGCAUGUCGUGGCUGCGUGUGCUAAAGUCAAUGUUGAUGCGAAACAAUAUGUCGAUGAUGUGUACACGCUGAAGCGCACAUUGCGUGUCUGGGAGAAUGAGUUCCCCGUCCUGCCGGACCUAUCUACGUGGGAGGUGCCGCAGAUGACUUUCGAGCUUCUCCCAGACACAGGGCUACGGAGGAAUCCAAGGGGUCGUCCGCAGUCAAGUAGAAUCCGUAAUGAGAUGCAUAUUAGGGAGAAAUCUGACGGAAAGCGCUGUGGAAUAUGUAGGCUAACUGGUCAUAGCCGAAAUAAAUGCCCUAACCGAAACUUUCAUGUUGGACAGUCGUCGGGAUCGGGGCGAAAUUGAGCUAAAGCUAUAAAAUUUGUAUGUAUGUUGUUAUAAAAGGUAAUUUUAUUAAUAAUAAUUUUUCUUAUUCGGCUUAUGCUUACGCUUAAAGUGUAUCCAUAUUGUUUCCAGAAUAAGUUAUAAUGUACCAUGUGAGCGUUAUGGAAUUAUUAAGAUUAUAUCGAAAAUAAA